GGCGGCCUGAUACAUUGUAUCCCGAGCAUUCCAAGCCCCUUCCCAGCUGCAGCUUCCUCGGCCCGGAGGUCUGCUCGCAACGUGUUCUGCACAAUUGUUACUUUUAGUGUUUUUUUUUAUUUUUAAAUUAUUUUUUUGGGGUGUGUUUGUCUCUCUCUGCCCUCUUCUUUCUGAUUGAGGAGCAGCCUGCCAACCAGCUCGUCCCGAUGCCAUCAUACUAACACCCAGGAGAGACCAGCACGCCUUAGAAUCUUUUUUUCUAUUUGUUUGUUUUUGUUCUGGAGAACUUUCUGCGAGGAUUUUUUUUGAAGGGCUCUGGGUGUUGAUCUUUUAUUUGUCUCCUCUUGCCUGCCCGGACUGCAUUGAUCUUCUCAGCACUUUGUUCCUGUCCCUAGGAAGGUGGGGGAGGUGCAGGAGCUGCUAAUUAGCCAUCGGAACUAAGGGCUGUUAUUGUGUUUCUCUUUCCUCCUUGUUUGCUUCCUAGUGGCAGUGCAGGAUCUCUGGUUUCGCCCUGCCUCUCUCCAUUUGGAUGUUUACGGAUCACUUCUGACCAUUCCCUAGGGUUGCAGCCUCUUCCUUUUGCCCCAUCCCCCCCCUCCCCUCAUACCCGUGAGAUCUUCCUCCACCCUCAUCCACCAUGAGCCCCUCGGGCUGCUGAUCUGUACGGGAAAAACUGCGGGUAACAAGUCUGCUGAGAGGCAUCCCUCAUUUUAUUGCCUGCCUUCUCUCUUUUUCAUCUCCAGGAUCUGUUCUUGUAAUUGUGAUCAGGAGGGGGGAUCCCUCCCACCUGCAACAACUUAACAAGAAAAAUAAAAGUUUUUUGUUUUGUUUUUUUUAAACUGGAAAUAUCAGUGUGAAAGGGUGUAAAGUGGAGUGGCUGCAGUGUUGGAACGCCGGGGGGAGGAAGCCACAAGCUCCGGGGUGCCGUGAAGCAGUCUCUUGUUCUCUGUAGACAAAGGAAGCCAAAGAAGAAAGGAGACAGCAGCAGGAUGCUGGGAAGCUCUGCAUAGUGUGUGUGGAUCUUUCGUACUCCUCAUCGAGUGGGAUCUAUAUACCAACCUACACCUUGUGGAAUACCCACCCCCAAGUUUUUUGGGGGGUUCUAGAAGUCAACGAGAAUUGAGCUUCAAAGGAGCAAAGCGGCGGCUGGGAGAGCCAUGUUUUCCCAGAGCAGACACCCGACGCCGCAUCAGGCUGCAGGCCAGCCAUUUAAAUUUACCAUCCCAGAGUCUUUGGAUCGGAUCAAGGAGGAAUUCCAGUUUCUUCAAGCUCAGUAUCACAGCCUUAAAUUGGAAUGUGAAAAAUUGGCAAGUGAAAAGACCGAGAUGCAAAGGCAUUAUGUUAUGUAUUAUGAGAUGUCAUAUGGACUGAAUAUUGAAAUGCACAAACAGACUGAAAUUGCCAAAAGACUGAAUACAAUUUGUGCACAAGUCAUCCCAUUUCUUUCUCAGGAACAUCAACAACAGGUGGCUCAGGCCGUAGAGCGCGCCAAACAAGUGACAAUGGCAGAGCUGAAUGCCAUCAUCGGGGUACGUGGCCUUCCUGGUCUACCUCCUACACAGCAGCAAUUGCAAGCCCAACAUCUAUCUCAUAGCCAUGGACCACCUGUGCCUCUGACACCACAUCCAUCUGGUCUUCAGCCUCCUGGCAUACCAUCUUUGGGAUCAAGUGCCACAAUCCUUACCCUUUCUAAUGCACUUGGUGGUCAGUCUCACCUUUCCAUGAAAGAUGACAAGAAACAUCAUGAUACAGACCACCACAGAGACAGAGAGCCAGGAACAAGUAAUUCUCUACUGGUUUCAGACAGCCUGAGGGCCAACGAUAAACGACGGAAUGGACCAGAUUAUUCAAAUGACCUUAAAAAAAGAAAGGUUGAUGAUAAGGAUUCCAGUCAUUAUGAUAGUGACGGUGACAAAAGCGAUGAUAACUUGGUUGUCGAUGUAUCCAAUGAGGACCCUUCAUCACCAAGAGCAAGUCCAGCUCAUUCACCGAGGGAAAAUGGUAUUGAUAAAAGCCGGUUAAUGAAAAAAGAUGCAUCAAGCAGUCCAGCCUCUACAGCAUCUUCAGGAAGCUCUACAUCGCUAAAGUCAAAAGAAAUGAGCAUGCAUGAAAAAGCCAGCACGCCUGUUUUAAAAUCAAGCACGCCAACUCCUCGAAGUGACGUGCCGACUCCCGGCACAAGUGCUACAUCAGGUCUGCGUCCAGGUCUUGGUAAACCUCCAUCAAUGGACCCUCUUGUUAACCAAGCUGCUGCUGCAGGUUUGCGUACUCCGUUGGCAGUGCCAGGCCCCUACGCUACUCCCUUUGGUAUGGUACCUCAUGCAGGCAUGAACGGAGACAUGUCCAGUCCAGGUGCAGCCUAUGCCAGCUUACACAUGUCUCCUCAAAUGAGUGCUGCCGCCGCUGCUGCUGCAGUAGUUGCUUAUGGCCGAUCUCCAAUGGUUGGGUUUGAUCCUCCUCCACAUAUGAGAGUGCCAGGAAUGCCCUCAAACGUGCAAGGAAUCCCUGGUGGAAAACCGGCCUAUUCAUUUCAUGUCACAGCAGAUGGUCAAAUGCAGCCUGUCCCUUUCCCUCCUGAUGCUCUGAUUGGUCCAGGAAUCCCUCGACAUGCGCGGCAGAUAAACACACUAAAUCAUGGAGAAGUUGUGUGUGCAGUUACCAUCAGCAACCCCACGAGACACGUGUACACUGGUGGGAAGGGAUGCGUCAAAGUCUGGGACAUCAGCCAACCUGGCAACAAAAGCCCUGUCUCACAGCUGGACUGCUUGAACAGAGAUAAUUAUAUCAGAUCAUGUAAAUUACUGCCUGAUGGAUGCACUCUUAUUGUCGGAGGUGAAGCCAGCACUCUAUCCAUUUGGGACCUGGCAGCUCCUACCCCACGAAUAAAAGCAGAGCUGACAUCAUCUGCUCCAGCCUGCUAUGCUCUGGCUAUCAGCCCUGAUUCCAAGGUCUGCUUCUCCUGUUGUAGUGAUGGCAACAUUGCAGUGUGGGAUUUACAUAACCAGACUCUUGUAAGGCAAUUCCAGGGCCACACAGAUGGAGCCAGCUGUAUUGACAUUUCUAAUGAUGGUACCAAGCUCUGGACAGGAGGUUUGGACAACACAGUACGCUCUUGGGAUCUGCGCGAAGGACGACAGCUCCAGCAACAUGACUUUACAUCACAGAUCUUUUCACUUGGAUAUUGUCCAACUGGUGAAUGGCUAGCUGUUGGAAUGGAGAGUAGUAAUGUCGAAGUAUUACAUGUAAAUAAACCAGACAAAUAUCAACUGCACCUGCAUGAGAGCUGUGUGCUUUCACUAAAGUUUGCUUAUUGUGGUAAAUGGUUUGUAAGCACUGGGAAAGACAAUCUCCUGAAUGCAUGGAGAACUCCAUAUGGAGCAAGUAUAUUCCAGUCCAAAGAAUCCUCAUCUGUACUGAGCUGCGAUAUUUCUGUGGAUGACAAGUACAUUGUCACAGGAUCCGGUGACAAGAAGGCUACCGUUUAUGAAGUUAUCUACUGAAAAUGACUGGGGAUUACAACCUUUUGUAAAACAUUGUCUGGGCCAAAAUUUACUUAUUUCUGUAGAAGUAGGACAACCAUAUUCAAAAGACAUAUGGACAUAAAGAAAACAAACAUUAUUUUUUUUCUGUUUUGCUUUAUUUUUUUAUUACUUGUGGGCAAAAUCAUAGGACUCGCUAAAGUCUGUACACAUGGACAUAAACUGUGCAGAACAAAUGGAAUCCUAGAGAAAAAUGGAUGUCAACCAUGUCUUAACAAGUCUGCUGAAGAAAGUCGGGUUUUUGGAUUUAUUUUGUUUAAAAAAAAAAUUAUGUAGUGACUGCUGCAGAUAUUAACAAUAACCCUAAUCUGUGGGUAACUUAAAAGAUUUUUGCAAUCCUGUCCUUCGUAGAAACAAACUUACAUUU